GGUUACUCUUCCGUGAGCAACAUGAACGCCGGCCUGGGGAUGAACGGCAUGAACACUUAUAUGAGCAUGUCCGCGGCCGCUAUGGGAGGCGGUUCCGGCAACAUGAGCGCGGGCUCCAUGAACAUGUCAUCGUAUGUGGGAGCUGGAAUGAGCCCGUCCCUAGCUGGCAUGUCUCCGGGCGCGGGCGCAAUGGCGGGCAUGAGCGGCUCAGCUGGGGCGGCCGGCGUGGCCGGCAUGGGACCGCACCUGAGUCCAAGUCUGAGCCCACUCGGGGGACAGGCGGCCGGGGCCAUGGGUGGCCUUGCUCCCUAUGCCAACAUGAAUUCAAUGAGCCCCAUGUACGGGCAGGCGGGCCUGAGCCGCGCGCGGGACCCCAAGACAUACCGACGCAGCUACACACACGCCAAGCCUCCCUACUCCUACAUCUCGCUCAUCACCAUGGCCAUCCAGCAGAGCCCCAACAAGAUGUUGACGCUGAGCGAGAUCUACCAGUGGAUCAUGGACCUCUUUCCUUUCUACCGACAGAACCAGCAACGCUGGCAGAACUCCAUCCGUCAUUCGCUGUCCUUCAACGACUGCUUUCUCAAGGUGCCCCGCUCACCGGACAAGCCCGGCAAGGGCUCCUUCUGGACCCUGCACCCCGACUCGGGCAACAUGUUCGAGAAUGGUUGCUACUUGCGCCGCCAGAAACGCUUCAAGUGUGAGAAGCAGCUGGCGCUGAAGGAAGCCGCGGGUGCGGGCGGUGUCGGAGGCAAGAAGACAGCUGCUGGGACCCAGGCUUCGCAGGCUCAGAUCGGAGAAGCCGCGGGCUCGGCCUCCGAGACUCCGACUGGCACCGAGUCCCCCCAUUCCAGCUCUUCACCAUGUCAGGAGCACAAGCGAGGCGGCCUGGGCGAGCUGAAGGGAACACCGGCCUCCGCGCUGAGUCCCCCAGAGCCGGCGCCCUCGCCUGGGCAGCAGCAGCAGCAAGCUGCAGCUCACCUACUGGGCCCACCUCACCACCCGGGCCUACCACCGGAGGCCCACCUGAAGCCAGAGCACCAUUACGCCUUCAACCACCCCUUCUCUAUCAACAACCUCAUGUCCUCCGAGCAGCAACACCACCACAGCCACCACCACCAUCAACCCCACAAAAUGGACCUCAAAGCCUAUGAACAAGUCAUGCACUACCCUGGGGGUUAUGGUUCCCCCAUGCCAGGCAGCUUGGCCAUGGGCCCAGUCACGAACAAAACGGGCCUGGAUGCCUCGCCCCUGGCUGCAGACACCUCCUACUACCAGGGAGUGUACUCCAGGCCUAUUAUGAACUCCUCCUAA